AUGGCUCCCUCACAACAAGCAGCAUGGCGCAGUGCGCCCGAUGCCGAGGAGCUGGAGCGUCGAAGAACUGUGAAUAUCAACAAGGAGACUGUGUCCAAUAUCAGCUCCAUCGAAUACCCUGGCCAUGUCCCUGGCGAGGACGCCGCCUUUACAAUCGAGCGCUUCCAGUCCGACUUUUCCGUCCACUUUCACCAAAACGAGCAGUUUGACGCCUCCUUUUCGCUCGUCGGCCUCGAUGCCUCCCUUGCCAAUGCGUUUCGCCGCAUCAUGAUUGCCGAGAUCCCCACGCUCGCCAUCGAAAACGUCUUCAUCGAAAACAACACGUCGGUGAUUCAGGACGAGGUGCUGGCGCACCGCCUGGGCCUGAUUCCGUUCAAGGGCGGCCGCGAGGGCCUGCUCGACUUUCUCAAGUGGCACAAGAAGCCCACCGACGGAGACGAUGAUGAUAAUGACGAUUCCGCCGGCGGCUUUGACUUCGACACGGUGCGCCUCGAGCUCAACGUGACGUGCACGGCCAAUGCCGACGCCGCGCCGGGCGAGACGGACCCGACCAAGGCGUACCAUCACGCGCACGUCUACGCCCGCGACAUUGUCUUUUCGCCCAUGGGCGAGCAGGAGCGGUACUUUUCCGGCGCCGACGCCAUCGCCCCCGUCAACCCGGACAUUCUCAUCGCCAAGAUGCGCCCCAAGCAGACCAUCAAUCUGUCCAUGCACAUGCACAAAGGCAUCGGCUCCGACCACGCCAAGUUUUCCCCCGUCGCCACCGCCUCGUACCGCCUGCUGCCGACCAUUAAGAUUCUCAAGCCCAUUGUCGGCGUCGACGCGGAAAAGUUUCAGGGCUGCUUCCCGCAGGGCGUCAUUGGCCUGCAAAAGAUUACGAAAAAGGACGCGGUGCCCGGAAGCGGCCUCGAGGAGCAUGUCGGCGAGAUGCGCGCCGUUGUCGAGGACGCCAGCAAGGACACGGUCAGCCGCGAGUGCCUGCGCCAUCCCGAGUUUGAGGGCAAGGUCAAGCUCGGCCGCCGGCGGGAUCACUUCAUCUUUUCGGUAGAAAGCACCGGCCAGUGGGACAGUGACGAGCUGUUCCUCGAGUCGGUCAAGCACCUCAGGGUCAAGUGUCAAAGACUCGAGAAGCAGGUCCUGAACAUGGUGCGGUGA